AGCCUGGGGCGGGAGGGCACGUGCGGGUGCAAAGCCACAGAGCGAGCCAUGCCACGCGGCACUGACUGGCCUCACUUGGCCGGGCAUGUGUGCGGGCAGAGCCGCAGGGCAUGGACUGCUCUGGGUUGGGAAGGUGAAUGUGUAGUAGGGACACGGACAGAGCCAUGGGGCGUGGAUCACCCAGGGCUGGGAGGGCAUGUGCUGAGGCAGAGCCGCAGGUCAUGGAUCCUUUUGAAGCUGGGAGAGUAAACGUGGAGCCCUGCAAGGGUGCACAUCACCUCUGACUGAGAGGGCCCAUAUCUGGGAAAGUCUAGACUGCAGUCUGCACUGAGACCUGAGGCGGUCACUCCCUAUCAGCUGAGGCUGUGUCUUGGUGGAGGUGCGGAGCUGGGAUCAGCUCUGGCUGUGCUCACCAUCCCCAUGCUGGGCUGUUCCCUCUCUCCAGCCCAGGACCUCUCUGGCCAGGGGAGGAGGUGGUGGGAGAGCAGUCACAGAGUCUGUCACCCUUGGGUGCCCGCCAGAUUGUGGCUGAGCAUGUGGAGAGCUGCUGGAGCAUAGUCGGAGCCCUCGCUGUGCUGUGGCUCUCCAGGAAGGAGAUGGCUGAAACAAGGAUGUUGCAGCCCUGGGUUUUCCCUGAGCCCCAACCAUUGCUCCCCUCCAUGAGUCAUGUUUCACAGCUGCCAUCGCAGAAGAGGCAGCGUAGGGCACUGGCACCAGAAGAAGCAGGCAAGGCAGCGUCCUGGGAUCUGCAGGGAGGGGGAAGCAGCUGCCACAGCCUCUUCACACCCCCUUCCCCAUGAGGAGACAUAAGCUGGGGUGAGAUGUGGGCCAUGGGAUUGAGAGAGGGGCCACAGUACCGCAGUGGGCUCCUGCAGAGGCUCUGGCUUGUCUCCUGUCCAUACGGGAGCUCUUUCAGAGAUGAGAUGAAUCUUGGUUCUUCUUGAAGCUUUUCCUCCCUUAUGCCAUGGCUUGGGGUUUUCUUGAUCACUUCCCAUGCCUUUGGGGCUCUUCAUGUGGGUUUUACUAUCACCCUGUCCUAACCCUCUGCCAUCCUGAAUAGCCUGGAAACGUCCCUCGUUCUCCCCACCCCCGCACAAACCUGGCUCCUGGCCUCCAGCACACCACGUCCCAAUAAGUUUGGUCACAGUCACUGCCAGGCUGGCCAGGAGGGGGUUGUCUGUGCCCAACCCUAGAUAGACAGCUAAGAAACCACACAGACCUGCACUCUGCAGCCCAAGGCGGAGGGAGUGUUGCUGCAGUGAUGGCAAUGACAGUGUGGCACCAAACUGGACCCAGGGGUUUAAGCAGAGAUGGCAAGACUGCUCCUAUAGUUUGCAGUGCCGCGGCCUCUGCAAUGUGGCUGGCCGGAGUGCGGUGCCAUGGUCUGGAGAGCCAUGCUCAGAGGAGUCUUCUCCAAGUGCCUUCUUCCUCCUGGCAUGUGACUCGGGACACCAGGCAGGGUGCUGCCACUCUGGGGUCCCUCCGAGCUCUGGGUACACUGCUGGGCUGGCAGGGUGCUGAUGUCCUGGGGGUCCCAAGACCCCCUUUCAGUGUCUCUCCCCCCCCCCACCACCAACGGGCCACUAAAUGCCUCCAUCCUGUUCCCAGCGGGCGAAUCAUAUCACCCAAGUGGAAGACGUUCAAGGGCCUGAAACUCCUACAGCGGGACAAGAUCCGGCUGAACAACGCUAUCUGGAGGGCUUGGCAUUUGCAGUAUGUGGAGAGAAGGAAAAACCUUGCGUGCAAUUUUGUGACGCCACUGGAGGCUGGUGAUGGGGAAGAGCACUGUAAGCCAGAGGCUGGGGUAAUGGAGGGCAAGAACUGGAAGCGCCACAUCCAGGCUGUCACCCGGGAGUACCACAAGUGGAGGAUAUACUCAUGCACCCAGGUUCAGAAGAUGAAAGAUGAACUGGCAGCCUCACCCUGCCAGGGGGUGCCCAAUGCCCAGCAGGGGCCGGUGCCCAGUGGCGAGGCAGAGGGCAGCUGUCCCAUGGAGCUUGACCCCCUGCACGACCUGGAAAUGCUCCUUGCGGACCUGGCCGACACCAUCUUCUACAGCCGCCACCGCACUCACCAGGACAACGCGGACAUGAUCCAGCCCACCCUUGGCCAGCUGCAUCCCAACUUUGGCGAGGAUUUCAUGGACACCCUGGACCCCCUCAGCAGCGUCAACCGCCCCAUGCCUAUGCUGGGGAGGGGGGACUACAGCUCCCAGGGUGUCCUGCUCCACCAGUGGUGUGGUGGUGCAUGGAUUUCUUCGCUGCCGGCCGCCCCCCGCCAGCGCCGCUGGUGA